AUGUUCGUUAUUAAUUUUCUUUCUUUCCUUGGAGAAUUUAAUGGAUCCAAAUUUUUGGUUUAUUUCUGCCUAUUAAUCUUGUGUUUUUGUCUAUGGUUAGGCGAAAUUUGUGUUUUUGUUGGCUUUAUAGUGGCGAUUAUAAACAUCAAAAGUGGCCAAGACAACCGAACAUUGACAAGUGCCCAGUUAUUACUUGCCGGCCUAUUCCCUUCUUUAAACGAACAAAUUUGGGCUGAAGGAGAGAGGAAUUUAAAAGAAGGUGAAGGAUAUAAGAGGUUGGAGGGGUUGUUUAAAGAAGAAAUUGAAAGAAUGGAGAAAGACACGCAAAUGAAGAUUGAUGGAAUUUUUAUACUUCAACGAGUGUUGGAUAGCAUUGUUACAAGGACCUGUAGAACCUGA